GCGGCGCGGCGGGCGUGGAGCUCCGUGGGCGACGGCCACGCACGGUUGGCUCUCUCUAGCUCGCGCGCCGCCUGUUGCUCUGUGCUCCGGGCCGGCCGGCCGUUUCCCGCCGGGGAGGUGGGCGGACCGCGAGUGCCAGCGCGUGGGACGCCUCCCGCCCUUCCUCUCCUCCCGGCGCAAGGCGAUCCAGGGGUCCCCGGGCGUCCCCGACAGCGCGGACGCCGCCAGCUCCCGGCGCGUCCCGGCUGCGCGCUCAGACCCCGGGCGCCGCGCCGCGAUGAACGUGAGCUUCCUGAACCACAGCGGCCUGGAAGAGUUGGGUGGUGACGCCCGAGCCGCCCUGGGAAACCGCAGCCACGGGCUGGGCACGUGGCUAGACUGCUGCCCCGGGGGCGCACCGCUGACGGCCAACGACGGGGUCCCCGCGGGACUGGCGCCGGACGAACGCAGCCUGUGGGUGUCGCGCGUGGCGCAGAUCGCCGUGCUCUGCGUGCUGUCGCUCACCGUGGUCUUCGGCGUCUUCUUCCUGGGCUGCAACCUGCUCAUCAAGUCCGAGAGCAUGAUCAACUUUCUGAUGCAGGAGCGCAGGCCCUCCAAGGACGUGGGCGCCGCCAUCCUGGGACUGUACUGAGCGCCGGCCGCCCUCGCCAGGGUCGCGGCGCCCCACCGCAAGGAAGGGGACCGCAGAGCCCCCUCUUGCUCACGCCUGCGGUCAGCGACGUGCCUCGCACCACCCCGGGGACUUGGCGGCGGCGGUGUGAGAAGGGACCCGUCAUGUCAGACUGUCCAGUGCGCGCUCCAGCCGGGGACACAGGGUUCUUCACGGGUUUUUGUUUGUUUGUUUUUUUUUUUUUUUACAAAGAGAAGUUCGGAGCAGGGCGGGAGGCAGGAAGAGGGAGAUGCCAUGUGGGGCUUGGGUUUUUCUCGCGUGUGGAUUUUCGGGCGUGUUGGUGGGGCUGGUUCCAAGGAGGGUGUACAGGGAAAAGGUGAAAAAAAAAUCACUGAGAUUUUGCAUUUGAUUUCGCAUUGCAUCUGAAAAGAAAUUUUGUAAUAAAACCGUAGCCGUCGGCUUCCUGAUA